CAGCGUCGCCCUUACGCUGAAAAACUGGCCAGCACAAUGGGAAAAAAGCAGAACAAGAAGAAAGUGGAGGAGGUGCUAGAGGAAGAGGAGGAGGAGUACGUGGUGGAGAAGGUCCUCGACCGGCGAGUGGUGAAAGGCAAAGUGGAGUAUCUGCUCAAGUGGAAAGGCUUCUCGGAUGAGGAUAAUACGUGGGAGCCCGAGGAGAAUCUCGACUGCCCCGACCUCAUCGCCGAGUUUCUCCAGUCCCAGAAAACUGCGCACGAGAGUGAGAAAUCCGAGGGCAGCAAGCGCAAAGCCGAGUCCGACACUGAGGACAGAGGGGAAGAGAGCAAACCAAAGAAGAAAAAGGAAGAGUCGGAGAAACCGCGCGGCUUUGCCCGGGGCUUUGAACCGGAGCGGAUCAUCGGGGCCACGGAUUCCAGCGGGGAACUCAUGUUCCUGAUGAAAUGGAAGAACUCGGACGAGGCCGACCUGGUCCCUGCGAAGGAAGCCAACAUCAAGUGCCCCCAGGUGGUCAUCUCGUUCUACGAGGAGAGGCUGACGUGGCACUCCUACCCCUCGGAAGACGACGACAAGAAAGAGGACAAGAACUAACCCGCGCCUCCAUCUUUGUAUAAAGAGCAGACUGUGGGUUUGAGCGACGUGAGAAUACAGCUCUACCUAGCGGAGAGGUGGCUUGAGAAGAUGCCCUUUGAAGAGACAGUAUGGUUUCUGUGCAGCUCCAUGCCAGCGUCCAGCUUCGACCCAGCCAGUGGGGGGUGGGGGGAGGCACGUUUCAAGGCAGUUUGUUCUGCAGCUUCCUCAAAGACCCGUCACUGGUGAUGGGUAGGCUGGGGAAAGGGAGAGCAGAUGGAUACUGCAUGUUCUUCAAAGACCAUCUCGGCAACCCACAGCCUUCUUCCCAAUAGUGUUAACUCUGCAUUUUUACAGCGUAGCAUGUGUGUAGGUUUUUCUUUUUGCUAUUACUGGUGUAUCAGUUUGAGACGGGGUUGGGAGAGGGGGGGGGUCUUUUGUUUAAUGGGGUGGGGGAGCAGUCGACAGUGUUCCAUAUCCAUGACCAGAACUCUUUUUUAUAACAGCUUUACGAACUGAACCCCCCAAGUAUUGGUAAUAGAAGUGGGGGGCGGGGACAGUGUAUGAGACUGAAGCUGUGAAUUCCCUCGAGCAAUGUUACUGGGGGCACCUGCACAGAGGCAGGCCGGUAGUUAGUGCCAGGGUCGCUGAAAGGUGCGUUGUAAGGGGGAGGGAAUCGAUCUCGGUCCCUUCCCAGCCUUUCUGCCCCCUUUCCGUUAAGGUGCUAUUUCUGACAUGAGGGAGAGAAAGUUCGGAUUUCUUGUCAAGCCCCACUGGAGCCUGUCCAGCUGGCAGCACUGGGAACCCCUCGCUGGAUGUGAUGUCCCUCCCUGUUUUUAAUCCUGUUAGUGUCAUGUAGGAGGGAGGUGAAAUCAAUUCCGAAUCCUCCCAUACAAGUGAUUUGUUUUCAAGCCCCCAACUUCAGCGCCCGAGCCAGCUCUCUGGCUCUGCUGCUGGUUUUUUUAAUCAAACGGAUUUAUGAAAAAUACUGAACUAUUUAACGUCUGGAGUCAUGAGCGCUCCUACAGGCCCCUGGCACCUCCUUGUAGGGUGACAUGUAUCUAGAACUGCAUUGUACAAACCUUUUUUUAAACGCAUGUGUUUAGGUUUCUGUGAAAACAUUGUUUAAAUGUAAAGUAAGUGUUUGGAUUUUAACUUCAUACCAAGCUCUGUCUGUUUUUUGUCUCAAUAAAAUUUUAGAUUUAUAAUCCUGA